AUGGACUCGCACAGCCUGGAUCGAGCAUCACAGUAUCUCAACAACCUCCUCCUUGCUCGCGGCCUCCUUCCCAGCGGCAAGGCGAUCGAUUUCGCGCAGCCCGACCGUCAUGGACAAAGCACGGAUGCGACCAUGUCCCGAGUGAUCAAUCUCGUCCACGACCUGGUCCUACGACGAGAUCAAGAUGCAGAGCAGAGGGAAAAUUUGGCCAUGAACAUCCGCAAAGCCCGGGUGGACGAAGCUCAACGGCUCUUGGAUCUCCAGCGCCUACAAGACAAGAAUGCCGAACUCGUGCGGGAGGCUUCAACUGCGGAGGCGCAGGAAAGAACACUCAAGGCUGCAGCCCGCAGAGCGGACGCUCAGGCGAAAGAAUUGAAGGAUCAAAUGCUCAAGAUGAAAUCCACCAUGGACCAGGUGCGCGCAAAAUGUUUGAGCGAUGUCCGGAAAAGGGACGUCGAGCUCGACAAGUUGAAGGCGCACCUGGCAUCGAUACAGCGAGGACGGAAAGACGCAUCGGGAAUGAAGAUCAAUGUCAUCAACUUCGAACCGGAACACAAAGGCAAAGAGAAGCGCAAUGGACGAGAGGUCAAGGGGGCCGAAUGCGGCCUGGAGAAAGAAACAAAUGAUUUCCUGGCAGCCAUAGUAAAUGAGACGAGUACGGAGAACGUAUCUCUGAGGCGAAUAAUCACAGAGACUAUGGACGUACUACGAGAUCUGACCGACAUGGAGAACACCUGCGCGAAUGGAAUGGUUGACGAGGACUCUGAUGAUGAUAAUGGAAUUGGCAUACCAGGACAGGACCGCAAGUCGAGACGAACAAUAGCCACCCGACAACGUCAUAACCUGACUUCUUGCGACGCCUUGGCGACCCGGAUGGCCGCCACCCUCGACCACUGCCGGACGAUAUUGAAGGACCCAUCUUUUGUCCCCAUCGAGGAGGUGCAGCUGCGUGACGAUGAAAUCAUCAAGCUGAGGAUUGGCUGGGAGAAGAUGGCCAACAGAUGGAAGGAGGCAGUGACUAUGAUGGACAAUUGGCGCCGCAAAAUGGGGGAGAACGGCGAAAGCCUGCCGGGUCAAGAUCUUUCGGGUUUGGAAUAUGGUAAAAGCAUGGCAGUAUUCCCUGAUGGUCAACCAAUCUUUGGAGCCGAAGAAGAACUGUCUUCGAUCCUUUACGAAAACACUAAUAUAGAGGACAUCGAGUCGGCGAACACGAACGAGGGCAUCGAUCGCGAGUGUCCGGUAUUUAUGCAAAGGGAGGAUGCCAAUCACGCAGAAGAAAUUGUUGAAAGACCGCCUGGUUCUGCCCGAAAACGAAGAGCAUCGAUUGCUCGGAAGGCUGCCCUGAACAUAGGAAAACCAGUCCGUCCGCUCCGGGCAAUCGACCAGAAUAUCUAUCCUUCGCCGACACGAGCGGUGAAGCCCAAAAAUUUCUCGAAACAGAGCAGUAACUCAGACAUUGGCGAUUCGGAUGGCCGGUUUUGUGACGAGAAUGAAAUGUCGACGGGAAAUGAGAUUAAACAUGAGGGCGAAAAGAUGACUGUGCCUACGAAGCUGGCAAUGGUUGAGGCGGAAGCAGUCGAGGUACAGAAGCGUCCUGUUGCUACAACAAACAAAAGAAAGAACGGUCAGCCUAGAACUACGGGAAGAGCCACGAGAAGAAGGAGCACACUCAGUCCUGACGAGCUUGCUGAGUUAAUGGGCAUCGCAUAGACUACUCAGCCCAAACUCCGUGUUGUGCAUGGUUUUACUAAUUUACUGGACGAACUGGAUGAUGGUGUUGGAUAUUGGGUUGGUUACUAAAAAGGUGUAUUCACAUUGCACCUAUAGGCGAGAGGCAUGUUGCUCAUUCACGAGCACGUAUCUGUACCUCGCUUUGCCCGCCUCCAUAUCCACAAUUGCUCGAUUCGCGUCUUUCAUCGGGACAUUGUUAUUCCAGGACUUCCAAUGCUGCUUCCUGUAAUGCUGCAUCGUUUUCCUAGCAGCUGAAAGCCAUUGACCGGGGGCAGAGCGUCCUCGGGAGCACCUAUCUGCACAAACACACCGUCGACCCGCAGGAGUUGGAGGUACUGUUGUAGAGGCAUCUUAGGACUGGAGACGGUGCUCACGAUGAUGUCGAGGCUUUUCCUGUGCUUGCGAUUCCACCCUUUAUCCUCGUCGGUGGCAAUGAAGUCGUCAGCGCCCAUUUUCAGAGCAUCCGCUUUCUUUGUCGACGUUCUCGAUAUGGCCACGACCUUG